AUGCGGCCAGCCGGGACUCUGCUUUUGCUGCCCCUGGCCUUGGUCCUGGGCCUGGCCCUCGUUGGCCCUCUGCCUAUGGGCUGGGCCUUGGCCCGGACCCCCAUCUAUGUCAGCAGCUGGGCCGUGCGGGUGUCCCAGGGUUCCCGGGAGGCCGAGCGCCUGGCGCGCAAGUUCGGCUUCAUCAACCUGGGGCAGAUCUUCCCUGAUGGACAGUACUUCCACCUGAGGCACCGGGGCAUAGUCCAGCGGUCUUUGACCCCACACUGGGGCCACUGCCUGCGCCUGAAAAAAGACCCCAAGGUGCAGUGGUUUGAGCAGCAGAAGUUGCAGCGGCGGGUGAAGCGCUCCUUGGUGGUGCCCAAGGACCCGUGGUUCCGCAAGCAGUGGUACAUGAACAACCAAGUGAAGCCGGACUUGAACAUUUUGUACGUCUGGAGUCAGGGCCUGACAGGUCAAGGCAUCGUGGUCUCGGUGCUGGACGACGGCAUUGAGAAGGAUCACCCGGACCUCGGGGCCAACUAUGACCCUCUGGCUAGCUAUGACUUCAAUGACGACGACCCUGAUCCCCAGCCUCGAUACACAUCCAGUGACGAGAAUCGGCACGGGACCCGCUGUGCUGGGGAAGUGGCAGCCAUAGCCAACAAUCGCUUCUGUGGCGCCGGCGUCGCCUACAAUGCUCGGAUUGGAGGAGUGCGCAUGCUGGAUGGCACAAUCACCGAUGUCAUCGAGGCGCAGUCCCUGAGCCUGCAGCCGCAGCACAUCCACAUCUACAGCGCCAGCUGGGGACCCGAGGACGACGGGCGCACGGUGGACGGUCCAGGGAUCCUCACGCGUGAGGCCUUCCGGCGUGGUGUCACCUUGGGCCGAGGCGGACUGGGCACCCUCUUUGUCUGGGCUUCGGGGAAUGGUGGACUGCACUUUGACAACUGUAACUGCGACGGCUACACCAACAGCAUCCACACGCUGUCCGUGGGCAGCACCACCCAGCAGGGCCAGGUGCCCUGGUACAGCGAGGCCUGCUCCUCCACGCUCACCACCACCUACAGCAGCGGCGUCGUCACUGACGCGCAGAUCGUCACCACAGACCUGCACCACCAUUGCACAGACAAGCACACGGGCACCUCAGCGUCCGCCCCGUUGGCCGCGGGCAUGAUUGCUCUGGCUCUGGAGGCCAACCCCUUCCUAACGUGGAGGGACAUGCAGCACCUGGUAGUCCGCGCAUCCAAGCCCGCACAGCUCCAGGCUGAGGACUGGAGGGUCAAUGGUGUGGGGCGCCGAGUGAGCCACCACUAUGGCUAUGGCCUGCUGGAUGCCGGGCUGCUGGUGGACUUGGCGCGCACGUGGCUGCCCACGCAGCCCCAGCAGAAGUGCACCAUCCAGAUUCUGCACAACCCCAUCACCAUCCUAGCGCAGACGCAGGUGCCCCAGAACGUGUCGGCCUGCGCCGGCAGCCCCAACGCCAUCCGCUCGCUGGAGCAUGUGCAGGUGCAGCUGUCUCUGACCUACAGCCGCCGCGGGGACCUGGAGAUCUCGCUUGUCAGUCCCAUGGGCACCCAGUCCACGCUCGUGGCCAUCAGGGACGCUGUACCGCUACACGCUGCUGCUAUACGGGACGGCUGA